AUGAUCGCCGAUAAGUGUGGCAAACAGUUGUCACAGAAUGAUGCUUUAGUCGGUGCUGGGCCUGUUGUACCUAGUGAAGGCAUCGGAAUCGUUCAAAGGGUGCCGCCAACGGGCUCUAGGGAUGCUCAUUCGAACAUGGGUGAUGGUCCACGGAUCGCGGAUGGCGGAGGAAGUAAUGGCGACCAGGCGUCUGCAGAUCAAAUGCCUCCGGAAGCGGGUAAUUGUGGCACUACAGAUGGUGAAAUUAAAAGGUCUGUUGUAAAGAGGAGGCCGUCCUGGACCCAGUUUUCGAACCCAAAUCCAACGUUAGGAGGGGGGUCUUCUUGUGGAGGCGAAAAUGACUCGUUAUGUGCGCAACAGCACAAGAAUGGAUCUUGCAGUAAAAGCGGUGAUGAAAUUGUUGUAGCAACGAAUCCGAAGAGCUGUGACGAAGAUGAGUUAGUGUGUUGCAUUUGCUUAGAAGGAUACAAUGAAGAAAAUCCUAUUCUCUAUGGUGAAUGCAAACACCACUUUCACAUGCCCUGCCUGAUGGCUUGGAAGCAGCGUAGUAAUGUUUGCCCCAUGUGCGAUUCGGAGACCCUGAGAGGCGUUGCGGAUGACCAGGAGCCCCCCCCUCGGAGAACGUCACCUACCUCUUUGGAUGAUCACCUUUCGCCCACAGCGCAUCAACGGUAUAGUAGGCGCGAGCCGCGCAUUCCCAAGAACCCGGGAGUCCGUGGCCAUCCCGGUCGUCCCCUUCAGGGAAGGCAGCCAGGCAGCGGCGCACGCCCCACAAAUCACCCUCUUGGUGGUGUGUCGGGUGACUCGGGCCAUCGUAGUGUAGGCAGCACCGGUAACGGCGGCAGGGCAGCGACGGCGAAGGUUAACCGACAAGUGUCCCCCGCGCAGAAUGGCCAGGUCGCAAGCAAGCCUAAACGUUCAUUUUUCAGUAGGGUAUUUUGCUGUUUUAAACGGUAA